AUGAAACCGUUUGCCUUCUUUGUCGCUCUUUUCGUUCUGUCGUCUAGCUUAUUUAUGCACGUCACCGCUAUUCCUCGAGUCCACCGUGGUCCUAACGCUGCCCGCCUCGCUCGAGGACUUGGUCCAUUGCCUCCUACACGGCGCUCCCCAACCUUAGAGCUCCACGUCCAUCCAGCCUUCCCCAACAAUGCCCAGCCGGAAAGCGCGUCCAAUGUUGUAGGUGAGGAGAUGACGACUGCGGGCAAUCCCUCUCUCGCGUUGAUCCUCAGGCUUUACAACCUCAACCUCCCUCCACAAACACCCGUUGGUAAGGAGUGCACCGCUGGCUCUAAUCAGGGUCAAUGCACUGGCGGGGCACAGUUGAAGCUCUGUUGCGAUGAUAUCGCGGGCUUGCCGGUCAAUGGCAGGGUGGCUGUUUCAUGCACUGCUUUCCCCUCAUGA